UCGCGUCGUACUCAGUCAUCCACACGCAUUCCGUCCUAUAUAUUCGGCCGGUGAAAGUCCUGCCCCACAGACUGUUUGUGCAACAUGAAGCUCGUAGUUGUCCUACUUGUCGCUGGAGCGGGCCUUACAGCGGCCGGCCUGACCCUUCCACAAGCCAACCAGACCGACGAGGAGUACGUCCUGCCCAAAGGCUUUAUCAUCGGUGCGGGGACGUCCUCGUACCAGGUGGAGGGCGCCUGGAACGAGUCCGGCAAGGGUGUGAGCGUGUUUGACUACUACUACCACACGCGGCAGCCCGACGGACCAAACGCAGACGUGGCCUGCGACUCGUACCAUAAGUACAAAGAGGACGUCGCCGUGGCGAAAGCGCUCAAGAUGCAAAUGUAUCGGUUUUCCCUGUCGUGGUCUCGCAUCCUACCGGAUGGCGACCCGAAAAAUGUCAACAAGGAAGGCAUCGAGUACUAUAACAACCUUAUCAGUGAGCUGCUCGCCAAUGAGAUCGAGCCCUUCAUCACGCUGUACCACUUCGACCAUCCCCAAGUGCUUGAGGACACGAUCGGCGGCUGGACCAACUACUCUAUGAUCGAAAAGAUGGAACAGUUUGGACGUGUUGCUUUCGACGCUUUUGCUAACCGGGUCAAGUACUGGGUGACGCUGAACGAGCCACAUAUGCACUGCUACGUGGUGUACAACGUAGCCAGCGUGCCCCCUGCCAAACCGAGUGCUGGCUUAGGCGAGUACCAGUGCAUCUACCACGAGCUAGUGGCGCACUCGAGGCUGUACCACAUGUUCAAGAACGAGUAUGCCGCCAAAGCUCGCCCCGGCACUGUAAUCGGCCUGACAGCUGAGACAUUCUUCGCGUCACCGCUGGACAACAAGUAUGAGAACAUUGCGGCUGCGGAGCGCUACAACUUGUUCGAGCUUGGUAUCCAGUUCGACCCAAUCAUAUACGGAGACUAUCCGGAAGUGGUCAAAAAGUACGUCAAAGCCGCCAGCCUCGCAGAGGGGCGCACCGAAUCGAGGCUGCCCAACUUUACUGAGGAAGAGAAGAAACUACUAAAAGGCUCAACCGACUUCCUCGGCAUCAACGCCUACUUCGGCAAGACGGUCCACGCCGGUCUAGACGGGAGGUCACGUAACCCAUCCCCACAAAGGGACAUGCAAGUCGUGCUGGACUCCCCAUUAGACUUCAGCGGGGCCUUCAGUACGAGCACACCGCAGUCGUUCCGAAGCUGCCUGCUGUGGCUCAGAGACCGCUACAACAACAUGGGCGUCUUCAUCACGGAAAACGGCCUGGCAACUCAGAACGGAGAGGGUGUCCACGACCACAACCGGGCAGCAUACCACAGCGCGUACCUUCGUGAGGCAGUUAAAGCGAUUCGAGAUGACAAUUGCAACGUUUUGGGGGUGACAAUAUGGAGUUUGCUGGACGGUUUCGAAUGGGGCUCAAAGCGAAUGAUGGGGCUGGUCUACAUCGACUACACGACUCCAGACAGGACACGUGUGCUGAAAGAAUCGUCGGCCUUUUACAUCCAGCUCAUGACGGAUCGCAAGGUGCCCUACGUCGCCUGGAACAGCUCCUCGGCGCGCCAACCGAUAGCCUACUUGGCCGUUUUGUUUGCCGCUGCGCUUACUGUCUCCCUCAACCACUGACAUAGCGCUUCGCGCUUGUCUAUUACCUUGAGAGCUCACAAGCUUGGACUGAACACAUUGCAGUACCCCACUGUUGGCUGCGCGUUAGGGCCCAUAAAGAGUACGGGCUUUAUCACCAAAUGUCUUCUCUUAUAAAGAAAACCAAAUGGAAAGUUUAGGAAACUUAAAGUGUCAGAUCUGGCUGAACCCCAAUUUAUAGUUCCAGAUUUCAUUCUGAUUUUCGUGUUCAAGAUAUUGAGUGUAAGAUGCAACCUUAUCAAUAGCCCCGCACGGUAAAAACAAGGCCUGCGAAUCCCAGGAGUUUUAGGUCUUUCCCAGGGCAGUUGGAAGAGUCCCAGGAGAUCUCCUGGAAAUGUCUCAUUUUCCCAGAAGGUAUCAUGGGAUUUGGUCGGUCGCUUCCAGAACCCAGGGAAGCGCUCCCAGAACCCAGGGCAGCCCUGGGAGAUACAAUGCUAUUUCUAGGGCAUCCCCUGGGAAAUGUUUCGCGUCAAGAAGGAGGUAUCUUGCGGCUGACAAGACGAACUCAUCAUGUGCAGUUUCAAGAGUUUCCGUUGAGAAGUAAGCAAAGUGACAUGUGGAACGGUUUAACAUACGUGAAGAGAGAUGGGCACUUGUCGUUAGUUUGGGGACCAAUAACUUUGCCGUAUCGCCUCUGAUCAACUCUGAGCAUAAGACAUUUCCUUUUUAAUUUUGCAAGAGGAAUCCAAAUCACUAGUUACAACUCAAAUUUUGAAACUUGAGAAAUAUUAAAAUUUGGGAACUUAGUCUA